AUGUCAUAUUCACAGCUUCCAAAAAAGACAGGAAUACCUCGUGAAGUCCUAAAGUGGUUGCAAAGUCUUGAUUUGUCGUUUUCUCCGAAGAACAUGCGCAGAGACUUUGCUAAUGGCUACCUUGUGGCUGAAAUAUUUUCCUGGUACUAUCCAGAGGAUUUCCCCAUGCACUCCUACGACAAUGGCAUGUCACUAGCCACCAAGCAAGGGAACUGGGCUCAAAUCGAGAGGGUCCUGGCGAAACGACGCAUCAGUCUGUUGAAGGAAGUCAUAGACGGCACCAUGCACUGUAAACCAGGAGCGGCCGAGAUGCUAGUGCAGGACAUAUACAGCGCUCUGACCAACAGAAGGAUCACAUGCAUCCAGAAGGGGGAGCCAGACUUUACAGACAGCAGUUACCAAGAGCAGCUGCCCACAGUGGCGCGAUCCACCGCCUCCAAAGCCAUCAAGAACAACCUGCGUCUGAGCGAGGUUCUGGCCGAACCUUGCCUCGCCACCAACCAGAACAAGGUCCAGGCUAUCAUGCACAGACACCUGGAGCAGAGGAGGAGGGAGAGGAGUCAGGACCCAAAGCGCUUUAAUGUGAAGCCCACUCUGGGCCAGCGGGCAGUCAGACUCCCGCCCUCUGACCCCCGCAGUGACCUGAGCUGA